AUGACGGGGCACAUGCGCAUUUUCGAGCCCGUAAUCCAGCAGCAACCCUCACUGGCUGAAGCAUGCGACGGGGAGCGCAAUGAAACCGUUGAUAUCAGCGAAAGAUGCAGCUGGCUUAGUAUUGACAUAAGCGGUGAACUUGGCUUCGGACGGAGCUUUGAACUGCAAACAAGUGACAAGAACUGCCCCCGCCCAAAGCGCUGGAUGCUCAGUGGCAUUUCUACUUCGAACUACAGUAUCAACGUCUAUAUGCAAAUGCUGCAACUGAAAUAUAUCGGCUGGGAGAAGCUUUUGCUUCCAAUUGUUCUUCCAAAAGUACUUAGGUUUCAUCGUACAUAUUCCCAAACGUUGCAGUGUCAAGUACACCCGGCCCAGCUUGCCAACAACAUGAUACGAUAG